GAUGGUGGAAAAAGGGGGCGAGGGAGAAGUGCGCCAAGCUUGGCCCGUCGGCGGCGAGACGUAGCCUUGUCACCCUUCUCUCAACGAAGUAGAGGAACCGGGGAAGAAGGUCCGACGGGGUGAAUGACCAGAAUCGCCCAUAUGCAAUCACAUCCCAUCCAACCCAUCCGGAUGCAGACGCACAGGCUCCGGUCGUCCCGCCCGCCUCGUCUCCCUGAUGACAAGAAUGGCCCAAACGGCACCUGGGACGGGCGAGGGCACCCUAAUGCGGGCCUUGGUGCUGGUGAUUAUGGACAGCGGCCUCGUCGCUACCUCGGUCUCUACAAAGUCACCGGUACCAUAACCAAGGUUCUUCCUUCCGUCUUUCCCUCACCCGCAGGGCAACCAAAGGCCGGGUGGGAAAACAAUGAGGAAAGGGGGGCGUGGUCGGUUGCGCCCGGCGCCUACUAGUACCAACGGAUGCUAGCUUGGUCAUUAAGGUUCGCGCUUGCUGGCCUCAUAUGACUGCUGGCUCCAUACCCAGGACCUUGCAUUCAGCCUCCUCGUUGGUUCUGCUCCGG